AUGGGGGCCAAAAUUGCCAAUCAGAUCCUUGCUGCCGUCUUAACUGUGUAUGUCGCGUUCUCGAACAAGAGGAUGUCCUCCGUUCCCCAGGCCAUUGAGAGGCCUUAUCAGAGUAAUGCCAUGCCUGCAUCCCUCGCGUGCGAAAGUUGGCAGCAUCCCGGCUCGUUCUGGCAGACUUCGUGCAGAUCGGUGGGGCUCGUCAUCGGUCGAGAAACGCCCAAGACCUCCAUCGUCGUAUCUGUGAGCACCGCACCCUCUUCAGAGACAGACCUGGAGCCAACGACGUGGUCACUGGUGAGAACAGAGGAUGAAGCUAUUGUCUCCGAGGCAUAUGCACCCGGCAUCUCAAACCCGGAGGCUGCACUUGGAAGCCAGAAUACCGGAUUCACUUCGAGAAUAGCAUGUCGCUUCUGCUUCAUCGAUCCGUCCCGGUCACCUGGCAUCAUCCGGAGUCUCGUGGGGCACUUCUAUUCGCGACCCACGCGGGUUGGUGCCUCCUUCAGCCGUUGCGUGGCACGGGAAGGGGGCGUAUGGAUACUAGACUGGACAACCUUGAAAUGGGACGGCGACGGCGAGGACGAAACGACACUGAAAAGUCUGGCACCAUUUGUAUCAGCUGGUGAUGAAUUGCGUCAUGACUUGUACAAGUCAUUCGAGUCGCCUCGGACGCGGGACCAGGCCGGUGCAGUCGAAAUUGAUCCCGUGAGCCUUCUGACAGGAUCUUUGGGAUACCCCCGCAAACAACCGUGCCCUCCGAGUUAA